CAGCGAGAGCUGGACAGGCUGAGAGCUGGGCAGGAAGAAACUGGAUGGGGUUAAACAACAGCGAGUGUGGAGUCUGGCAUCUGGGGAGGAAUAACGGCGUGCAGCGGUACAGGAUGGGGGAUGAGAGGGAGCUGGGUGUCCUGGUGGACGACAGCUCGGCCAUGAGCCAGCAGUGUGCCUUGUGGCCAAGAGGGCCAAUGGCUUCCUGGGGUGCAUUGCAGAGCGCGGCCAGCAGGUCGAGGGAGGCGAUGCUCCCCCUCUGCUCUGCCCUGCUGAGGCCUCAUCUGCAGCCCUGCGUGCAGUUCUGGGCUCCCCAGCACAAAACACACAGGGAGCUCUUGGGAACAGAACAGCGCAGGGCCACCAGGAUGGCGAGGGGCCUGGAGCAUCUCUGCUAUGGGGAAAGGCUGAGUGAGCUGGGGCUGUGCAGCAUGGAGGAAAGAAGGCGGAGAGGGGAGCUGAUCCAGGUCUGUCAGCAUCUGAGGUGUGGGGGCAGCACGGCGAGGAUGGACUCUGAUCAGUGGGGAGUGGAGACAGGAGGAGGGGAAACGGCCGGGAACUGAGCAUAGGAAGUUGUGCAGCAGUGUGCGAAGGAACGGCUGUGCAGUGAGGGGAGGAGCGAUGGAACAGGGUGCAGGGAGGGGGGAGAAUGUGGGUCCCAACGUGUCUCUGUGGGUCCCAACGUGUCUCUGUGGGUCCCAACGUGUCUCUGUGGGUCCCAACGUGUCCCUAUGGUCCCACUGCUCACUGCAGCAGGCUGCCCAUGGAGGUGGUGGAGUCUCCUGCUCUGCAGAUGCUCCAGACCUGCCUGGAUGCCGAGCUGUGCGACUGCUGUAGGAACGGCUGGGCAGGGGGUUGGACUGCAUGAGCUCUGCAGCUCCCUGCCAACCCCUGCAGUUCUGUGAUCCCUCCCUGUGUCAGAGGUGUCCCCCAGCCCUGGGGGGCACAGGGAAGUGGGGUCAACGAUUCUCUGCCCCCAGGAGCUCCCAGGAGGAAGAGCAGCUGAAGAGCAGCUUGCAGCAGCUGGAGCCCAGUGCUGCAUCCCAUGCCUGGAGCCCAGCCCGUCUCAGCCGCCCGGCACGCAUGGUGCUGUCAGCAGCGCAGAGCCGUGCCGUGAGGCCUCCACCCCGAAUUACUGCCAGCCACCCGGGGAGCAGCGCAGAGCAGGGACAGCCUGCAGCACGGGGUGCAGCAUUGGAAGUCCCAGCAGCCCCCAAGCGCGCCCGCAGGCAGUCAGGCAGCAGGCAGAGAGCUGGCAGAGCUGUGGGCAGGUCCCCUCAGCCUCUCACCAGGAAUCCUGGGCCAGGAAGGAGAGCGAGAACGCAGGGCCGCAACACGAGCGGAGGGGAGAGCAGCGGUGGGGAGAUGGCUCUGUGCCCUAUUUGUUCAGGUUCCUUCAGCACAGCGCUGCUCCCCGCUCACGCCUCCCGCUGCGGCGAGGAAGAAUCCGACCCCGAGGUGGAGCUGCUUUCCUGUGCCAGCAGCCCGGUGCUGUGCCCCAUCUGCGGGCUCUGCUUCAGCUCAGCAGAGGUGGAGCAGCACUGCAGCACCUGUGGGGAGUGAUGGACCCCCCCCCAACAAGCAAUGAUCUGCAGAGAGAGACUCGGCCCCACUGGGCUCUGGGGCAGGGACUGGGCUGUGGUUUGUGGUGCUCGUUCAAUUCUGCCCCACGUGGCACGAGCUCAGCGCAGGAGAGGAGGCAAAAGGGCCAGGGGGCUGAAGGAAGAAGCCACAUGGCUGCUGCUGCUCCCAUCACUGAACCACUCAGCAGUGUGAACUGGGACCAGUAAAUGUGAGCAUCUGACUAUGGGGGGUGGUGAUCACCUCCCUCCCAGUGACACAGUGCAGGGUGUAGGGAACGUGGGGCUGAUGGUGGCCCUGCGGGUGGAGUUUUAGGGCAGGCUGCAGCUCCUGGAGAUGGGAGGAGUUGAGGGAGAGAAAUAAAACAAA